AUGACUGACAACUACUAUGAUUGCAUUAAUUUAAUCGAAGAAGAUCCAAACACGACUACAGUAGACCAUAUAAAAACGGUAGUAUCCCGUCUAAAAAAAUUUCAGAAAAGACCUCCAGAAAAAGCUUUUUCAACAGCGCUGCAACAAGCGUCUGAUAAAUCCGUGCAAAGAGACAAAUACUGGUAUCUAAAGAAAGACGGCCCGUCUUCUGCUCUGUUUAAUAUUCGAGAUUUUCGGAAGUCUUUUGUUGAAAAGUUUGUGGAAGAGAGCAAAACUCAUGAAAACCAAGAUAAUGCCACUAAUGUCUUUACGAAUUACUUUAAUCAAUCGGUGGAAUAUGAGUUAGCUGAAGAUGAAGUCAAAAAAAUUGAAGAAAAAUGCGGCGAUACUGAUAGUGGUAGAAGCACUAUAUCUUCUGAUAGUGAUGUGGAUAAUACAAGACAAAAAAGGAAAAAAAAUCCGUAUUUAUAUACUUCAUCAUCUGAAUCUGACAAUGAACAAAUCAAAACGAUAGUAUCUUCUGAGUUCCAGAAAACUGAUCAAUUGGAAAUGAAUAAUAAUUCUGCUACUAUCACUGCACGCCCUGAAUCUCUUUCGAUCGCAUUUAUUCUAUCUUCAGAAAAAACAACUGGAUCUAUUAUCAGCCCUGAUACAGUACGGAAUUCACCUCCGGAUAAAACAGAACCAUCUUCAAUUUCUCCACCAAUGCAGCAAGAAUCACGUCCAAUAGCUCCCAAAGAAUCUGAUAUAAAUUCUUCGAGUCUGCUUAAUAAAAAGAGAAAAGCUUCAGAUUCAACAAGAUCGACACCGGAUGACGAUUCUUGGCUGGAUGAAUUAUUUUCUAAUGAUACUAGUAUCUCUCCUAAUCAAUCACCUGCAAGUAAGAAACGUCGUUAUAACGCGUUGAAAAAUAAAGCUCGAAAAUUAGAGAGGAUGAUUGAAAAAUCUCGUUUGGCGAGCUUAAAAAAAGACAAUCGAUAUAAGACUUCACAUAAAACACGGCAUGAGAUUAAUCAUGUUCCCAAGCGUUUACCAAACAAGACAGAAGUGUCACAAAUCAACCAAAUUACAGAAUCCGAAAUUAUACUUUCUGUCGCAUUCUACGAUCAACAUAGACCCGCACAACGAAUGCAAGAGUUUCUCGUGUUGGGAAGUCAACCAUUAACCAAAUUACGAGAUAAAUUCUAUUGUAAACAAGAUUUCGUGCGUUUUGAUAUAUCGCGAGAAAUUGACUCUGAAGAAAGAUUGAAUGUCGAUCUUGAGAAAAAGUCGCCGAGUUAUUUCUUUAUUGAGAACACUUUUUACAAUGAUCGUAGAGAUCCUGAUGCGUUAGAUUACAGCGAAAAUAUUAUUAAUUGGGUUAACGAAAACAAUCGGUUUGAAGAUCCAAAAUUGGGUCGAUACCAAACCAAAGUCAUGGGAGAAACUAAAUUUAUUGAUCUCUCGAUUCGACUAAAUGAACCUUACUUGUUUUGUCAUCAAGGAAAUUGUCAACAUGCGGUAAUAUUUAGAGAUCUUCGACUAUUAGAACCAGAUAUGAAACACGAAGAUCUUAAUGCAGAUAACUAUCCAAAAGUAAUAUUCCGCAAUCGUAUUCAACAUCACAAAUGUCGAUUAUGCAAGCAACGACCAGCAGAUUAUGUGCUUCUGGACGAUAUCAAUUCACAAGAGACACCGUGUUACUGGUGUCAUAAUUGUUUUGUGCAGUUCCAUUAUUACGAUAAUAAAUUGAUCUACGGUGUAAAUUCUUUUAAGAUAUUCCAUUAUCAACACGAGGACUAA